AUGUCUGAGGCUUAUGAGAUUUACAAAGAAGGUGGUCUAUUAGGAGAUCGUUAUCAAAAAUUAGAAGAUAUCAGUGAAGGUGCCUUCGGUUUAGUUUCAUUGGCAAAGGAUAUCAAAAAAUCUAAAUUAGUCGCUGUUAAAUAUAUUUUCAAAGAGGAAGAUGUCAAUAACAAGGAAGAAAAUCCUUCAAGAAGAUCCACAUUUACCAACCGUAAUGGUCAAUCAUUAAAGUCUAAAAUGGUUUCUAAGAAAUUAACUCAAGGUAUUUGUGAGGAAGCUAUUUAUGAGAUUUCAAUUCAAGAGAAAAUUGGAUUUCAUCCUUAUAUUAUCUCAUUAUUAGAUUACUUUGAUUCUUUUAUUAUCUUGGAAUAUUGUGCAAGAGGUGAUCUUUAUGAAGCUAUCAAAGCUGAUGCUGGUCCAACUUCAACACCAGAUAUUGUAAAUGUUGUCUUACAAUUGAUUGAAGCUGUUCAAUUUGUUCAUUCAAAAGGUGUUUAUCAUCGUGAUAUCAAACCUGAAAAUAUCUUGAUUUCUGAUGAUUGGUCAAUUAGAUUGACUGAUUUUGGUUUAGCUUCAACAACAAGAUAUUGUAAUGAUUUUGGUGUUGGUAGUGAACGUUAUAUGGCACCUGAAUUAUUUGAUCAAAAAAACAUUGAGGUAUAUGAUGCUUUAAAAGUUGAUAUUUGGUCAAUUGGUAUUUGUUUUUUGAACAUUGUUUUCCAUAAAAAUCCUUUUGGCUCAGCAACUCAUAAUGAUAAAUCUUUCAGUCAUUUUGCUAGAAAUCGUGAAGCUUUAUUUGAUGUUUUCUCAACUAUGUCAAUUGAUUUCUUUACCGCUUUACGUUACUCAUUAACUUUAGAUCCAGAGAAUCGUGAUUUAGAUCAAUUAAAAUCAGAAGUUGAAGGUAUUCGUUCAUUAACAAUUGAUGAUGAUUUGAUGUCGUUCUCUGAAGAAGUCAGUAAUAAUAAGAAUUUCUUGGGAACAGAACCAAUCAAAAUCAAAAACAAUGCAGUCGGAAGAAAAGCACUUGGAAUUCCAACUCCAAGCACUUAUAUCAACAAUCAUUUCCAAAAUUAUAAAACUGAACGUUUCAAUCGUAAAGAUUUCUUCACUCCACCAACUGUUUCUGCUCAUUAUUUAGAAAAAUAUGAAAAAUAUAGGAAAACAGGAAAUGGUUAUAAUCAUAAUCAUAAAUAUGAUGGUUUGAAAAAUAGAGCUCAUGAUAAUUAUCAUUUGAUUCCACCACCAUCUACACCUGGUCAACAAAGAAGAUCAAGAAAAAGUUCAUCAUCUUCAACUGGUAAAUACGUUCCACCAAGUUUAAGAUCUCCAAAAAUUUUCAAAUCACCUUUGCAAAGUUCAGCUGUUAUUGAUAAUAAUGAUAUUGAUGAUGAUUUGUUUGUUUUAGAAGAAGCUGAUUCACCAGAUACUAGUUUCCAAGAAGAUGAUCAAUUUGGUGGUAUUGAUGAUGCAAUCGCUUCAAUGGAUUUGAAUGAUAAGAACUAUUCUAGUGAUAGUUCAUCUGCUCCUUCAUUAUUAUCCCCAAUGCCUAUUUACAACGAUCGGAAUAAAGGUUCUUCUUCAACAAUCCAUAAUAGAAGAAGCUCUAUUGAACAUCGUGGUGGUUCUGGUUCUGGUUCUGAUAUUAGAAAGCAUCAAUUCACAAAGAGUGCUGAUUCAGCUCUUGUUUCUGAAGACAAAGAGAAUCAAGGUCCAGGUUAUGUUAAUGGACCAAAGAAAUAUGUUCCUCCUCAUCAUCGUGCUGAUUAUCCUCAAUGGAGAUCAACUCAUAAAAAAGCUGAUAGUUUCCAUCACCAUAACAAUAAUGGUAGACGUUUCAAUUUCAAUAAUAUGAAAAAUGGUAUAAUGUCAUCAUCUGUUCCUACAAAUAGCAAAAAUGAUUGGUUUGCUCAAGCCUCUAAGAUGGAGUUAUACGAUGAAGAUGUUAUUGAUGAUGAUUUUGAGAAAUCUGAAGCUUAUACCAGAUAUGCUGGUCGUGUUGCUGAGAGAACUUAUAAUGUUUCUUCAUCUUCAUCAUCCUCAUCUUCCCAUUAUUAUUCUAAAUUGGAAAAGAAUAAGAAUGUUAGAGAAUCUACCCGUGAGAUUCCAGCUACCGUUGUUGCUGAAUGA